GCAACCUGGUCGGACGUUUCUUCGCGUUCAAGUUCUGUCGGAUCGCGGUUGAUCGCGCGCGGGGGCGUUCCAGGCUAAACCCUUGAGUACAGGAUUGCGAGAUUUCCGGAAGGGGGUGUUGUUACGUGAAGAUCUUCAGAUUUGUGAAGUUCAGAAGUUACGUUCUGGGAGGUUGACCAAGUGUUACAAAGUGUUCGGUGAAGUUGCAGCCGAGGAGUUUGCAACGGGUUCGGCCCACAGUGAAUGUUAUUUUUAGUCUUGCCCCGAAGGGGUUACAACGGGCACCCACGCGUCCAUUGACAGAGAGAGCGGAGUUGGCCUGGUAGUCACGGCUCCUGGUGAGGAACGUUCCGUGGAUUACGAAACAACCGCGAGAGGCUUGUGCGUGACCCGGUCCCCCGGAAAGGAAGAUACGAGGUGGUGGUAAUGAAGGAUGGUAUCGAUUGGCCAACCCGUGACGGUUGAGCCUGGUCGUGGUCGUCGUCAUCGUCGCUCCACAACAGUUGUGUGUCAAAGGACCAUUAAGGAAGAAGAGCCGCCGGAGAGGUCCCUCGGCGGAAGAAAGAAGUCGUGAACUCCGCGGAAGUCCGCGGAAGGGGCGCUUAGAAUUUACUGUCGCGCACGAGUUUGGCGAAGAAUUUGACGACCCCGAAGAAGGGCCAGACGGGGGUGGAAGAAUCGAAGAAGCUGAUUGAAACGAAGAGAUUAGAGAGCACGUACGGAGCGAGGUGUCAGUUCUAAAUUGGAUGUGAGUGUGUCUGUGUGGCUCCACGUUGUUUUGUGUAGAUUUUUUUCACCGUGCAAAGAGGUGGCACGAGGAGCAAGGUGUGAAGAGUGAAAAAAGGUAGAAGUGAACGACAGAAAAUAACAACGGCGUCGAAAAACGUGAUUUUGGCGAAACAACCAAGUUAGGAUCCGAUAUCCUAAACCUCCCAGCUAUUCGGGCAGUGAGUUCCCCUCGAAAGGGAGGUGGAUUUUGUUUUAAACGGUCCUCGGCGUGGUGUUGUUGGGUGAUUCGCGGAAUUUGGCGCUGCUGCUACGGCUCCAAGAAGGUGAACUGAUUAGCGGAAUUUAGCCGGAGAAUAGAGAGAAAAAACAGAGGGUCUAACCGUCUCGAACCGAGCCGAAGAGAGAUUUUGACAGCCGCAACCCGAGCACCUCCUGGCGGCUGAUGUUGCAACUGCGCGCGAUGUAAACAAACCGAAAUGGGUUAACCGUGUCGGACCUGGAACAAAAAAACGUGAACUCGACAGAAAAAAAAACAACAACAUAAAAAUAGUUCAACCGGGUAAGAACGGUUUAAUUACACAACACGCGCGCGCGCGCCGAACGAAAGUGAAACAUUGAGGUUAGGAAAAAUGUUCUUGGCGGAGCAGCCACCGCCAUCUUUGGUCAUGACGUCAUCGUCACCGUCGCGUGGAGCAGUGAAAGGAUCACGUGACGUUCGGUAAUUAGCAGAAAUACACACACUCGCGCGAGGAAGUGUAGUACGUGUAGUGAAAUUCUAGGUUAUGUGUGAUGUUUUGAGACGAAACUGGUGAAACGUGAUACAAGCAAGGAAGGGGAAUAACUACAACCCAGGAGAAGACCGUUUAGUAGCUUAGUGGAACUUCAAGAAUGACCGGAUUAUUCGGAGAUAAAAGAAUGCUGCUCACACUCUGCUGGAUGCUGGUGUUAGCAGGCCUGGUCCAGCGGGCGGUCGGGCUGGACCCGAAGUUCGAUCCGUCCACCCGGAUGCGGCUUGUGCUGGUUCCGGCGGACGCCCAGGUCGGUUCCGUCAUCUACCGGUUACGGGCCACCGACGAGGAGUUCGAGUACCCGCUGCAGUUUGAGCUUGUUGGUGACGCCGCCUCCGCCACCGUCCAGAUCGAGACGCUGCCGUGCACCCGGUUCAACUCGAUCUGCCAGGCGAACGUGAUCCUGCAGCGGCGGCUCGAGGCGGGCCGGUACUACGACUUCCAGGUCGCGGUGAAGGACACCAAGGGCGGCAUGUCGGUGCAGGCCUGCUCGAUCACGGCCACCAACUUCAGCACGCCGCACGACCUCAUUUUUCCGCACAAAACGGGCAUCAUCAUGGUGCCGGAGGACGCCAAAAAGGGCACCGAGCUGGACUACGUGCUGGCCAACAAGAACCCGCUGAUGCCGAAGCCAGUCUACCUGGAGUUGUGGGGUUCGCCACUGUUUGCCAUCCGACAGAAGAUCAUCUCGCCGGAGAUGACCGAGGGUACGAUCUUCCUUCUCGGGCCGCUCGACUUUGAGAAGCAGGCGAUGUACCACCUGACGGUGCUGGCCAAUGACGCCUAUGCCGAACCAGGGCAGGACUCGCGGAACAUUGCCGGCCUGGAGGUGGUCAUCAUCGUGGAGGACGUGCAGGACGUUCCGCCGGUGUUUACGGUGGCGCCACCUGUUACGCGGUUGCCGCCGGGACUGAUUCCGGGCGAUAAGGUGCUGCAAGUCCACGCCGAGGAUGGCGACAAGGGCGUUCCCAGGGAGAUCCGGUACGGACUGGUCUCGGAGGGCAAUCCGUUUACGUCGUUCUUCGAAAUCAACGAAACUAGCGGUGAAAUCUCGCUGCUUCGCCCGCUGGACGACAUCCUGGCGCUCACGCACGUUGGCGAUCCGGUCCUGCUGACCGUUAUCGCCGAGGAGGUCAAGGUUGCCCGUGACGAACCGCCGGCGAUGGCCACCACCGUCCAGCUGGCGUUUUUCCUACCGGAACGCAGCAACUCGCCGCCGUACUUUGAAAAUGACCAUUACGUCACACGGUUGGAGGAGAACGCAGCCCCCGGGACGGUGCUGUCCUUUACCGAUCCGUACACGCCAAGGGUGAUGGACGACGACGCGGGGAAGAACGGCGUGUUUUCGCUUACGCUGAUCGGGAACAACGGGACGUUCGAGAUUUCGCCGAAUGUGGCCGAGGGGCACGCGAACUUUGUGAUUCGAGUGCGGGACAACGUGAUGCUGGAUUACGAGGCGGCGGAGUAUGUGCACUUUCAGAUCGUCGCACAGGAGCUCGGCCCCGCCACAAACCUGUCCGCCGCGGUCAACGUAUCGGUGUACCUCUCCGACGUCAACGACAACGCGCCCGUCUUCGAGCAGAACGACUACAUCGUCGACCUGCCGGAAAACAUGACCGCCGGGACGCGCGUCGUGCAGGUUCACGCCACGGACGUGGACACGGGGCUGGGCGGGAAGAUCCGGUACACGCAGAUUUUGGGCCCGCAGAACACUUCGCUCAACUUGGAUCCGAGUUCGGGGGUCAUUACGGUGGCGACGAGCAACCACGGGUUCGAUCGGGAGUUGAUGCCGGAGUAUCAUUUGUACGUGGAGGCUCGGGAUGACGACGGGAUUGGGAAUCGGGCGCAGGUUCUGUUGGUUAUCCGGUUGAUUGACGUGAACGACGAGACUCCGACGUUUGAGAAGAGUUUGUACGAGUUCAUUUUGUCGCAGAACUUGCGGAACUUUACCGUGCCGGCGUUCAUCAAAGCGAUUGAUGGUGAUGCCGAGGCGCCGAACAAUGAGGUUCGGUACGAGCUGAUCUACGGCAAUUACGAAAACAAGUUCGAGCUUCAUCCGAUCACUGGAGAACUGAAGCUUACGUCGGCAUUGGUUCGUCGAGCCAAGUCCACUCGCCAACGGCGUCAAACUAGUCAGCAACAGGGUCAACAGGAGUCGGAGGUGUUCGUGUUGACGGCACGGGCCUUCGAUCUGGGCGUGCCGGUGCGUUUCUCCACGACGACGAUCCGUGUGUACCCGCCGGAGAGCCGAACGCGCACGAUGACCUUCAUCGUGCCUGGCCACGAUCCGGACCGGGCCAAGGUGCAGGAAACGCUCGCGGAUGUAACAGGCGGGAAGGUCAUCAUUCAGGAGAUCCGACCGUACAGCGGCACGACUGCGGUGCCCGGGGCCACCGACAUCGGCGGCGACAGCAAGGACCGCAGCCUGGUCCUGGCGACCAUCCUGUACGAUGGUGACUCCGUGGUGGACAUUGCCCGCAUCCAGCAAAGACUGUCCGUCAACGGAACCGUGACGAAUGCCAUCAGCCAGGACGAGCGGAGUGCGAUCCUCUACAAGGCGGAGAAUCGGGUGCUCUUCUGGCUGCUAAUCUUCCUCGCCAUCCUGCUGGCUCUGGGCAUCCUAACGCUGCUGCUGUGCUGCAUCUGUCCGUGGUGCCCUCUGUACGCGGCCACGAGAAAAAGAGUAAUUAGAGUCAAUAGUAUCGAAGAUGAUGUGCACCUUGUUCACAGAGAGCAAGGCAUUGGAAAACAGUCAAAAUCUGUUCAGGUCGCGGAAUGGAUGGGACGAAGAGAAGCCUGGUCGGCGGAUAGAUCGUCCGAUUCCCGUACCAAGCCGACGCGUUGGGAAUUUAGAGGAAGACGACACGCUAACAAAGCCGCACUAGCAGAGGCAGCAGGCCAUGACAACCGAGGGCACACGAUCGAGGACGACGAAGAUGGCGGCGGCGGCGACAGUGGCAGAAUGGUGGGAGUCAGCGAUAAGAAAACGAUGACCGACGGUAGUGGUAAAACGAAAGAGCAGACUGUUAAGAUUAGAAAUGAAUACAAAUCCAAAUCAGCAAAGGAUGGCGGCGGUGGUGUCGGUGGCGGUGACGGUUUGCACCGUUCCCGCAGCAACCUGCUGAACAACGAGCAGGUCGCGCGCGACAUGUACGUGGAGGACGUGGACGAGCACGAUCCGGAGUACCAGUCGCUGAAGCGGGUGCACCGGGACCGGGACCAGCACCAGCAGACGCAGAUUGACGACGACUCGAUGCGGCGGCACGAGAUGGACUCUUAUUAUAUUAAGGAUGGGAACGCGGAGAUUGCUGGAGAACGGGAGGAGAACAUCGCUGGAGAAGAGUACCGCAACCAGCAGGGAGGUAUAUUGAGGAGCAGGCGAAUGGGAAGCAGAUGGGAAACGCACGAGUUUAUCCAGACGAUUCCGAACGAGGUGCCAAGCGGUUACGGGGUCGCGGAGGUGAAGAUCGCAGACGGAGGGGUUCGAACAAAGACGGACUGCGAGACCGCUACCCAAACCGAACCCGUCAAGGUCGAGCGACGGCGUACGAAAAGUGAAAACGACGACUCACUCUCGGAGGACGAGUACGAGUACGUCAAGUACAGCCCGCCGGACAGCCCGGACGGAGUGUAUCUGAUCAAGCGGAAGCGCACCCGUAAGAAGACCAAGUACAAGACCGACAGCGAUACGAACGGCACUAAAAGCGGACGACGGUUCAUUACGGUGGAAUCGGUGAAGCGCAAGAUACGGACGCCGAUACAGGAGGAGGAGGAGCCACGGCCGGUGCCGAAGCACGCCGAAACAAGGGCGAGCAUCCUGCGGCGAAAGCGUAACGAGGAGCGACUCAAAAAGGACGUGCUGAUAGAGAUUUCCGACUCGCUUGAGGACAAGGAAACGAGGAAGAAAGACAAGCGGCGGAAGGUUUACAAGAAGAACGUCAAAUAUUACGAGGACUCGGACGGGUCGGACAAGGAGGGCAUGCAAAAGUACUUCUCGGCGGACAGCUUGGACGACGAGAUCAACUCGGACGUGGAGGACUACACGUACGAAGUGACGAAGACGUCCAAAUCGGUGACGGUGUCGCCGCGAGCUGGCGUUCAGCAGCGAAUAUCCAGGAAGGACAACAAGCAGGAAACGACCCGGAUAAGGGUCGCGACUUCGGAGUCCCCGUCGAGACCGGUGAAAAAACCUGCGCCGAAGCCUCUCCAGAUGACCAAGUCGUUGUCCAAGGAGGGACUCGAGCAGGACAUUCCGGCAAAGUACAUGGACUGGUAUCACAAUCUUGGGAAGGACGAGGAAGUCAAGAAGGGUUACCGGGAAACAGAAAAGAAAAUAGUCCGGAAGAAGGUUGUUUCCUCCUCCUCCAAAGAGGACGAUCCCAAGUUCAAGCCGGAACCAGCCCCUCGAACGUCACCUCCAAAGGACGCGCGCCUCCUCAAGGAAGACAUCCAAAUGGCCAAGAAGGUGCAAUCGCAGUCUUCCAACGACGCCACCAGCCAUCCCCUCCUCCAGCACUCCGAACAUCGCUUCGAAGCCGAGUACGACCCCAACUCCCAAGCCCCCGCCCCACCCGACAAGCUCCCCCACUACCUGUACCCGGAAACGCCCCCCAUCGUCAACCGCGACAACAAGGUCCAAAUCAAGAUCGUCGACUCCUCCGCCUCCAAACCCUCCCCCAUCAAGGAGCACGAAGUCAAGGAACCCCGCCCCCGACCCUCCGACCCCCCUCCCACCACCAAAACCCUCAACGCCUCCACCCUCGAGGACGACCACGACUCCGGGAUCGCCAUGAACUCGCUCCUCCACAACAAGAACCGCCGCCACCCGCUCACCGACAAGAAGAGCAUCUUCACGAUCGCGUACGACGACGUGCGCAUCCGCCAGAUCCGCUCGGAGAGCGACACCCCGCCGUUUUCCUAACAGCGGCCGGGGGGUCAGCCUGCCGAGCAGCUGCAGCGACAGCAGCGACGCAGGUCGGCGCGGCAGCGGAACCUGGACCGUGAGUCCAAGUCCGAAGCCGAAGAGCAGCAGCAGCAGCAGCGGAGACGGGGAGGGCAGCAGCUGGCGCUUCGUAAGCGCAAUAGUGAGUGAGAGUGAGGAGGGACUCCUACCCAGUACAAACCCCGUUGACUAUCAAGUCCAGAGACAAAAAAAAAUUAGCUUUACGCAGCCCCUUUCCCGGGAGAAAAAUAAAAAAUCAAAAAGGUCUAAAAUUGGAAGAAACGAGAAACUGCCAUAGCUGAUAAGGAAAUCUUUCAAAACUACAAGUACGAACACGCCAUUUUCCUAAAAAAGAAAAAAAAACGAGCAAAACCAACAAGUGUAUCAAAUGUGUAGCAAAUUUGAAGUAGUUUUACCACACACUGUUUUUAGUAUCGAUCAUCUUUAGAGUAAACAGACAAAAACGCGCGCCCACGCCUUCGUUCGUGUUGUAUUGUUACGUGUUAUUUUCCUAUCUUGUUUAGAGUGUAGCUAACGACAAACAAAACCGCCCUUACAAAGUGUCAUCUCUAAGUGCUUAAGUUCCAGACCGUUUAGUCGAUAAGAGCCUGUACAUUUGUUUUAAAACUUUACCUUUUGUGUUACGCUUAAGUAUCCUGCGCGACAAGUUGUACAUAUUAGUUUUUAAGAUGUAAUUUGUGAUAAGUACAAGAUUACUCACCGUCGACUUCCAUCCGGAAUUUGUUCUGUUAAACUGUUCUGUUUCCGCGAUCAAGAUUCUUUUUAAAAGACAAAAAAAAAGUUGUGCAACCUGGUUAUCAAAUAACUAGUCCUUCUUGUUUCGAGUUUUCAGUUAUUUUAACCUUUUUUGUUUAGAAUGCGAGCGAAUGUUUGCAAAAAUAAAACAAGUGAUAUUCUCCUUCCAAAUCGUAACGCAAUGUGGGGAGCAAAAAUCUAUGAAUAGGCUAAUGAAAUUUCACAUUCCAAGCAGAAAGAAAACAACAUUCUUCCCAAACAAGCAAAAUAAAGCUAGAAAAAUCUAAACAAAUGCUCACCCAGUGUUGUAAAAAUGUCAUGUUUAUUAGUUUAUUCAAAAUUAAAAUAAGGAAGCAAACUUGUACAGAACAGACACAAAAAAACUUUAACGUAGCGAUUUUUAUCAACAAAACAAGAAGAGAUUCUCCUGUGUUAGGUGUUAUUAGAGCUGCGAACCCGUCCCAGACGUUUGUGUAAAGUAGUAGAAAUGUAAGUUGUGUAUAAAGAGGGUUUUUUGCUGUGCCUGGCAGCAAUACUUUAGGGAGACAAAAGUUGGGUGAGAGCCGAACAGCAGAAUCCAUAUCCUGUAAGUGCGAUAUGUGUAAGCAAUGCAGACUAUAAGAAGUAAUAAAAAAAGAUAUUUUGAAUAAAA